AUGAGCCCCUCGGCGCCCGCGCGCGUAGCUCAGACCGCACGCGUCGCCGUCGCACCCCUCGCCGCCUCCUCCUCCACCCAGCUCCCCACCGCGACCGCCUCGACCUCGACAGCCACAGCCCGCCCACGCCCGCCCAGCAUCGCGACCGGUCCUGCACCUCCGACAAAACGCCCGCGACAGCGCCAAGGCGAGCCCCGACCCGACGGCUCGUGGCUCCCCGUCCUCGCGAGCCGGUCGCUCAAACCCGACGGUCAAGGCUGCGGCCACUUCGUCUAUGGCUCGCCCGCACCGAGCACCAAGAUCGCUGCAUUCGGGGAGUCCCCCUCGAGGUCCCUUUCCCGGAGCGCAGACCCUGACAUCGACGGCACCAUCAUCCGUACCAAGAGCGGCAACGGCAUUCCGAGCAGCUCGUUCGACUGGGAGUUCUGCGGGCCCGAGAUCGUGCCAAAGCUGAGGGCGACCUACCGCGACGGCUACGCGCUCAUCCUCCUGUCGAACCAAGCCUCGUCGGGUCCCUCGCUCGCCGCCAACUUUCGCAAGAAGGUGCCGUUCGUCGCGCGCGAGAUCGGCGUGCCGCUGCGCAUCAUGGCCUGCUUCGACUUUGACGAGUACCGCAAGCCGGUGAGCGGCAUGUGGGACGCUCUCGUCGGGAGGUUCAACGGCGGGCUCGCGGUCGACUACGCGGCAUCGUUCUACGUCGGCGACGCAGCAGGUCGACCGGCCGACCACGCCGACACGGACCGUAAGUUUGCGCUCAACGCCGGCGUCCGGUUCCUCACGCCCGAGCAGUUCUUCCUCGGCCGGCCCGAGGACCGCAACUUUGAGCUGUGGGGCUGGUACCCGCACGGCUACGACCACGCUCUCGCCCCGCCGCACGAGCUCCUCGACACCACGACGCCGCUCGGGCCGCUCGACACGCCCGAGGUCGUCCUCCUCGUCGGCCCACGGGCGAUCGGCAAGACGUCGUACGCCUCUCGGCUCGAGCGACUCGGCUACGUCGUCUUUACUUUGCCCAAGCUCUCGACGUCGACCUCGUCACUCGCGCCCUCGCUGCACGCCGCCCUCGCCGACACGCUCGCCAUCGACGCCAAGGGCCUCGUCAUCGACGGCUCGCUACCGACCCGCAAGGCGCGCGCCCAGGUCCUCGCCGCCGUGCGCUCGUUCGCCUCGACCUCGGCGCCGUUCCGCUCGCGCUGCGUCCUGUGGACGUCGCGCACGCGCUCGGCGCCGGACGGCAUGGGCUCGUCGCACGACGCGCGCGAGCUCGUCGAGCUCGCCAAGCACAACUCGGUGUUCCGCCUCGUGACGGCGCGCGGUGGCGGGGUGCAGCUCGUCGAGCAGAAGGAGCUCCAGGCGUGGGACAAGACGUUCCAGGUGCCGACGCUGAGGGAAGGCUUCUCGCGCAUUACGCCGACACGCUUCGCGUUCGACCCGGCGCUGAGCGGUGGCGCGACCCUCGGCGACUGGGCCAAGUGGCUCGCGGACGUGUACCCGGGCAAGGCGAAAAAGACGGGGCGAGUCGCCGUGAGGGGGCUCGACGGGGCGCAGGGAGCGUGAGGGAGGGCUUUGUUCUCUCUCGCGAGGGGCAUGAGGGGCGGGCACGGUGCAACGCGGUAGCUUUACAAC